AUGUCCGAUCGCGACUCCGUGUCGCUGGCCAUCGCAUUGUACGGGUUUCUGCCUCGAACCAAGCGAAUAGAGGAAGCUGGACAUUCUUAUGAAUCUUCUGUUAUUAGAGACAAUAUUACACUAGGAAGGUGCACGUGGCCAGUUCUCGGGAAGUACGAAACUCAAGGUUCUUCUGAAAUCGAGGGUGAUGAUCGCUCCAUUUUGUUCGAUCCCGAUGAUGAGAACUACGAGGAAUACUUGACGAAACUUGAUCCAAACGACAUCAAGAAUCAAGAUCACUAUAAGGUUUUAGGACUAUCAAAGCUCCGCUUCAAGGCAACAGUAGCUGAAAUUAGGUCAUGCUAUCGCGGUAAGGUUCUAAAACACCAUCCCGACAAAAAAAAACACAGGGGAGAUCCAUUACCUGCUGGAGAGGACUACUUCACCUGCAUAACGAAGGCUUACGAACAGCUAGGAAUGUCGGAAGCGAAGCGACAGGCGUAUGACUCGGUAGAUCCCAUGUUUGACGACUUUAUACCUAGUGAAAAAUCAAUUAACAGCGAAAAUUUCUUCAGGGAGUUGGCUCCAGUGUUUGAGCGCAAUUCACGAUGGUCCACUAAACAGCCUGUGCCAUGCCUAGGCGAAAUCGAUUCCGAGAGGUCGGCUGUAGAGAUUUUUUACAAUUUUUGGUUUGAUUUCUCGUCUUGGAGAGAGUUUUCCUAUCUGGACGAAGAAGACAAGGAGAAAGGUGAAGAUCGAUAUGAGAGAAGGGAGCUAGAAAAAUUAAACAAGGCAGAAAGGGAACGGCGAAGGAAAGAAGAAGGUAAACGAAUUAGGAAACUUGUUGAAUUAGCCUAUUCCAAGGACCCUAGAAUAGCAAAGUUUAAAAAAGAUGACCAAGAGCUGAAGAAUAGAGCCAAAGAGGAGAGACAAAAGAAACAACGAGAAAAAACAGAAACCGAGGAAAGGAUAAAACGAGAGAAAGAGGAGGCGGAAAUGAAGGCAAAAGCUGAGCAAGAAAAGAUUGCUAAGGAAGAAAGAGAAAAUAGAAGGUUGGAGAAGGAAGCAGCAAGGAAAAUGGCGGCCAAGCAGCGUCGGCGAUUCAAAAAACUUGCGGAGGCUGCUGGUCACUGGUCAGACAAUGCUUCUGAGAAACUUAUCGAGAUGGAGCGCGUUGAGAGAGUAAGUUUGCUACUGUUUUAUCUAAUUUUGAUGUCUUACUGUUCUGUCCUCCCAACGGGUUACCGUCUCAUCGUGGCUAGGAGGUGCUCCCGGGUGUCGAAAACUUUGAUUCAGGCGUCAAACACGUAUCCGCCUGGAACUAUGGAUAGAUGGGUUGUCAUAGCCGAUUAUAUAAAUGAGCACCGUAAGAACAAGUCAACGCCUAUUAAAACUGAGAAGGAAGUUAUUAAGCGAUGUAAAGCUGUGCAAGCUAUGCAUGUGAAACUGCCUGCUACUAGUCAGAACCAUCUAGGAACAACUGUUCCAAACGAAGACACUUGGACCAUGACAGAACAAAAAUUACUGGAACAAGCUAUCAAAACGUACCCUGCAUCUGAUCCUGACCGUUGGGAUAAGAUUUCCACUGCUGUUGCAACAAAGACGAAGAGUGCUUGUAUUCGUCGCUUCAAAUAUCUCGUGCAGAUGGUUAAAAACAAGAAAAGUGAAGGCCUUUGA